AUGCCUCUCGUUGACGCCCUCAUCAUCGGCGCAGGUCCUGCCGGCCUGUCUGCAGCUCUUGCUCUUGCCCGCCAGCUGCACACUGCCGUCGUCUUUGACAGCUCGCUCUUCCGCAACGCGCGUUCGGCGCAUAUGCAUACCAUACCCACAUGGGAUCACAAAGACCCCGCUGCCUUUAGGGGCGCGACGCGCAAGGAGAUCUUGGAGCGGUACAACACGAUCUCCUUUGAGGAUUGCGAAGUUGCCAAGGUCGAGAAGACGAGUGCGGGCGACUUUGCGGCCACGACUGCAGAUGGGACAACAUUCACUGGCAGGAGAGUCUUGCUUGCUAGUGGUGUCACUGAUUUGCCGCUUGAUAUCAAGGGAUAUGAUGAGUGCUGGGGUCGAUCCAUGUACUUUUUCCCCCAUUCUGCCAUAGUGAAUAACACUAACUCCUCCAACUACCACUGCCUCUUCUGUCACGGUUAUGAAGAUGCCGGAAAACCCUCCGCUGGAAUCCUUGCCCUCGGCGAGAGCUCCGCGCCCACAGUAGCCACCGCCCUCGCGCGCAGUGCCAAGCAAAUGACCUCCAAGGUUGUGAUCUAUACCUCAAACAACCCUGCCGUGCAAACCGCAAUCGCAGACCUUCUCGGCCAAAACAAUACCGCCAUCACAACAGACGACCGGGAGAUCGCUUCUCUCGCUCUUGGUGCCGGAGGAAGCAGAAUUACUAUUACCUUUGCAGAUGGAAGCUCGGUUCAGGAGGCGUUCCUUGCGCACAAGCCGCCUACGAAGCUUAACGGCCCGUUUGCAGAGCAGUUAGGUGUGGAGUUGGCGCCUGGUGGAGAUAUCAAAGUAACACCACCAUUUGGAGCCACCAGUGUCAAGGGAGUUUAUGCGGCAGGAGAUUGCGCGACCCCGAGGAAGAAUGUCAUGCAGGCGAUGCAGAUGGGGACAUUCGCGGGGGUGGGGAUUGCGCAUGACUUGCAGGCUGAGGGGCCCAAAAUGUAA